AAACACAGAUUGAACUAUAAAUGUCUGCAAGAAGAAGCCUAACAAUCAAGCUAUUUUGUCCCGCUUUGGCGAAGCUGGUUCCAUUGGCGGCUGUGGAAGAGCAACGGCUCGACCUCGGUUCCAUUGCCCGGACCUUUGGACUCGACCCAGCGACGUUGAAGCUCAACGGUCACUUCAUCAGUAGAGGUGUCGAUCUCAUCUCCUCGUCCGUCACCUGGAAGGCCCUCCUCUCCUUCUUCUCUGCUCGAGGUUUGUCUACAGGAGCCAACGAUGCCGAUGCUCUCAUCGUCGACGGCAAACUCUGCAAGGCUGGAACCAAGAGAUCAUGUAACCGUUCAGAUGGAGAACAUGAAGAUCACCAAAAAAAUGAAAACAAUGGUUUUGGUGAUACAAGAAAGCCACAAGUGGAAGAUGACAAGCUGCUGAACAAGAAAAGAAGAUUAGGAAAACAUGAAGCUCAUCCAAUAGCUGAGUGUAAUGUCCUUGGUGUGAAAAGAAAGCCAUGGCUAGAAAACACAAAUCUGCUCAAGAGAAAAAAGAUGGAUCAAACAAACUCAGGUUCUCAAGAGAGACAACAACUCCCAUCCUGUGCCAUUCCGGAUACCCAAUUCAAAUGCAGCUACAUUUUGAAGCGGUCCAGAGAAGAUGAGAUGGUUGCGACUUCUCCUUGCAAAAGAGCAAGAUGAUGUGCCCUUUCCCUUUUUGUUGCAAAGAAAGUGCAAAAUUAUGGGUCUCUCUCCCUUCAUUUUGUCUUUAUUCUCUCCUCUACACACGACAGAGGCAAGUUCUGCAAAGUUUUAAGGUGGUGUUGAAAUCCUAUUCAAAUCUGAAAUAGAAGCAGAAUGUAAAAAAGUUAUAUAUCCGUGAACCUAACCAUCAUGUAUGGAGGAGACCCAGUUUUUAUGUAGUUAAUCUGCUGCUUUAAGAAUGAAGGGAAUGGCUAUA